ACAUCUCACAGGCACAGUAGUCCAAAAGCUUGUCUGCAGCUACGUCAAGACUGUCCUUGUCAUCUUUCAGCACGUGUUCCGGCACCCGUCGGUAAGAGCUUAGUGAUCUUAGUAACUCUCAGUUGAUGCGUGCACGACGCGCCUGGGGUUCUAGAAGGGUGUGCCCUGUAUCGCGACAACGAAAGCACAUGCUCAGCUUGCAGCGCUGCUAGUAAUAUUUGAGGGACCUCCGCGGUCGAAGCGUUCGUUCCUUCCACCUGAACAACUUGCAGCUUGGGUCUCCGGCAGAAAGAGCAGCGGCAGAAGCUCGCGGCCACACAUUUCGAUGCCGCCCGCCAUCGAGGCAGUGGAAACGCCACUGAGCGCUGGUGAGCCAACGCGACUGGACAAUGAAGGCGAGUCAUCCGUCUCGACAAUCGACGCUCUGCCUAGCGUCCAACAUGGAGCAUCUCUCGACAACGAAGCUGAAGAUGAACGACCUCGUGAGCGGGUCGAGACGCCGCCGGGGAUCAAAGGUGAUUACUUCUCAGAGUUUCCGGGUGAAACGGACGACAUUGUGAAGUCGAUCACAAAUCCAUCCAAUCCGGACGAAACGGGACCAACAGUUGUUGGAAGAAAGCGAGCCAGUACAGCACCCAUGAGCAGACCGAAGCCCCCGACUCGAAGCAGCACCUUGUUGAGAGCCAUGAGACGCAAGCAACAUCCCUACCAAUACCAAUUCGAUCCCAUGUCCUCCGAGUCAGACUCUAGUACCGAUGAUGAAGAGGACAGGCGAGCGACGCCCCAGCCAAAGAAGCCGAAACGAGUGCAGAGCAGGGUCGAGCAGAAGGAGGAGGAGGAGCAAAAGAAAGCAGCGAAACAAGGACUGUCGUUUUCGAAGUUUCACAUUGGAAACGAGUACUUUCGCACUAAGGGCAAAGUCUCCAAGAACGAUGGCCGAUUGAAGAUUUCGAUCAACGAGACAGCGAAUAGCGGCUAUCUCGCCAAAGCUCUGGGUCACAGCAUUAGACAUCAUUUGGACAUUCCGAACAAACGCGACAGAAAGCAACGAAGAUAUGCGGCGGAGCAUCCAGAUCGCAGUGCAGAGGAUGAUGCCUCUUCCAUUGCAUCCUCACUCCCCGCGAAAGCAGGCAAACCUCGGCUGAAUAUCGUAAUCAUGAUCAUUGGGAGCCGUGGAGACAUUCAGCCUUUUCUGAAGAUAGGCAAGAUCUUGAAAGAAGAGCACGGGCAUCGAGUACGAAUAGCGACGCAUCCGACAUUCCGAGACUUCGUCGAGAAGGAUGGCGGUCUGGAGUUCUUUAGCAUCGGUGGUAAUCCAUCGGAACUUAUGGCGUUCAUGGUGAAGAAUCCAGGGCUCGUUCCCAACCUACAAACGAUACGCGAAGGAGAAGUGAAAAGGCGACGAGAUGGGAUGGCCGAGAUGUUUGAUGGGAUGUAUCGUGCGUGUGUCAAUGCCACGGAUGAUGAGAAGGACACGCUCAAUAUGAAGUUGCUUGGGGACAAAUUUCCGUUCGUUGCGGAUGCGAUUAUCGCAAACCCUCCUUCAAUGGCACAUGUACACAUUGCAGAGCGGCUUGGUAUACCGCUGCAUAUCAUGUUUACGUUUCCUUACACUCCUACUCAGGCCUUUCCACACCCUCUUGCAAAUAUCAAGCACAGUAAAUCUAAUGUUGACCCGAACUACAUCAACUUCAUGAGCUAUCCGCUCGUGGAGAUGAUGACCUGGCAAGGUCUCGGAGACAUUGUCAACCGAUUCAGAGUUAAGACUCUGGGUCUCGAGCCAGUCAGUUCACUCUGGGCACCGGGAGCGCUCUAUCGUAUGCACGUUCCAUAUACGUAUAUGUGGAGUCCAUCAUUGGUUUCGAAACCAUCAGAUUGGGGGCCGGAGAUUGAUGUUUCUGGCUUCGUCUUUCUGGAAAUGGCCAAGAACUUCAAACCGGACAAGGAUCUUGAGGACUUCCUCAAUGCUGGUUCACCGCCAAUCUACAUUGGCUUCGGGUCGAUCGUCGUUGAUGACCCGAACAAGUUUACGGAGAUGAUCUUUGAAGCCACCAAGAUCGCAGGAGUUCGUGCGCUGGUCAACAAAGGAUGGGGCGGCCUAGGUGUCAGCAACCAUGAUACACCCGAUAACAUCUUCAUGCUUGACAACGUCCCACACGACUGGCUUUUCCCGCGAGUGAAGGCCGUUGUGCAUCAUGGCGGUGCCGGCACUACUGCUAUUGGCCUGAAAUGCGCCAAGCCGACCAUGAUUGUGCCAUUCUUCGGCGAUCAACCAUUCUGGGCCGCGCGAGUUUCAGAAGCGAAAGCCGGCGCUCACGAAGUCGUGCCAUGGAAGCAACUUACUGCUCAAAAACUGGCCACGGGCAUCAAGCAAUGUCUGACAGAAGAGGCACAACGUAACGUGCAGAAGUUGGCGGAGGGUAUCGAGCGAGAGGGAGAUGGUGCUGCGAAUGCAGUGGCUUCCUUCCACCGCUCGCUGCCCCUAGCUGGGCUUCGCACUAUUCGUUGCUCCAUUCUUGAGGACAGAGUGGCCGAGUGGAGGAUUAAAGGAUCUGUUCUUCGAUUGUCUGCGCUUGCUGCAGAGAUCCUUGUGGAAAAUGGCAAGCUCAAGGCUAGCGAUCUCAAGCUCUUGCACAAGGUCUCGUGGAACGACUUCGAUGGGCCAGGUGAACCACUUACAGGUACCUUUGGCGCUCUGACAGACUCUCUGUACGGCAUUGGUACUGGAGUUGGCAUGGUCCCUGUCAGGAUGGCGAAGCACAUAUGCAAGCAUGCGGAAAUGGAGCGCAAGAAAGCUGAGCGCGAGAAGCGCAGAGAGGAGCGGAGGAAGAAGAAGGCUGAGCAAGCCGCCGAAAGUCAGCCACACGAGGAGUCGGAGCAGAACACGAAUCGUCGGCCUCCCGCAACACGGAACGACACUACGAACACAGUGGCCACGGAGCUCUCUGUCGAUGCAGCAGCUCAGCCCGUGUUCAAAGAGCUUGCCAGUGACUUCCACCGAGGCUUCAAGCAGUCCGGCUGGGCAUUCCUGACCAUGCCAAAUGACCUACAUCUGGCUAUCGCCCAAGGCUUCCACAACGCUCCUCGUUUGUGGGGCGAUUCGACUGUCAGGAAGCCCAUCAGAAUCACCGGCGUACGAUCAGGUUUCACAGCUGGUCGGCGAGAAUUCGUCUACGGCAUCUACGACGCAUGGACAGGACUAGUCACGCUACCCAGAGGAGGUUUCAAAGACGGCGACACAGCAGGAGCAAAAUUGGUCGGCUUUGGUACUGGAGUCGGUAAGGGCCUUGGAGGAUUCGUGAUGAAGAACAUCUCAGCAGUCAUCUCGCCGCCGGCAUACGUGGGCAAGGGCAUGUUGAUCUACAUCAAAAAGCGACAUGCAGACAACGGUCCUGGAUCAAAAGCCUUUAUUCGCAGAGCACAUCUUGUCCAAGGCACGAAGGAUCUACAGGCGCUCAAGCAGCAGGAUGAUCCUGAGAAGAUGGAACAACUGCAGGCAAUUGAGAAUCAGGUGCUCGAAGGCUGGAAAGUCUACGAGGAUGUCUGGCAAGCAGCGUACGAUGCAUACGGACCUGUCGGUGGCGGUAUCGUGAAUCGCAUGAAGCUCAAUCGAGAGAAACGGCGGUGGCAGAAAGCUGGGGCACUUGAGAAUAUCAAUACAGCAAGCAGAGCGCUGAAGCACGCAAAGCGAGGCGAUGAUCUCAAGAAAUACUUCGCCAAACGCAUGCGGGAAAUGCAAGCAGCUGAAGCACCCAAGACGAGUGCCAUGGAAGCAACCGGAGACGGGGAAGAUGUCGAAGUGCCACCUGGCGGCGGACAAAAGUAUACCACGUAUGCCACGGACGAGGCUGAGGAGAAGAAGUAUGGCAGCGGGGAGAAACUCUCUCCAGAACAACGCAGUGGCUCGCAGUCUUCUGCGACUGUGGUCGCGGGGAGUGAAGAUGGAGACCAGAAGGGGCGACGAAGCUCGGCGUUGUCUUCUAAGGCUACCAACGGCGAUUUGCUAAGGAAGAUUACCAGCGGAAGCAGUAAUAAGCGGCCACUUGGCCGCGUGGGCACGGCUUGAUGAUGUUGAUUCUGUUUACACUUUUGGAUACCCCUUCUUGUUGGCAUUUAGCGAACACAGCGAGGCGUUUGGUAUGGACGUUACAGACAUUUCUUUGGGUCAUGAUGAGCGC